GGGUUCCGUGCGUUCCGUGUGUGUGCGAUUUCCAAAACAACGCGCUGUUGAUGAGAAUUUACUCGCAUUUUGCUAUUUAUUGCUGAAAAUACUGCUUAUUAUUGUGUAGAAAGUAUCAUUUAGUGUGUGGGAAUGGCUGAAAUUGUGGAAUACAGAAAGGAGAAGAUCCUUCCUGAAUAUGAACAGAUGAAAAGGAUCGAAUUGUUUGACGAUGCUGAAAUAAGAGACAUCAUAAAGAGGAGAGACGCAUUGAAUGCGAAAAUUGUGCGACAGAAUAAGGACAUCCGUGAUUACCUUGAGUUCAUAAAGUAUGAGCGGAAUCUGAUAGGCAGGAUCCAGAAGUUGCGGAAGGACAAGAACAUCCAGGAGAAGAAGGGCAACAUUGAGUAUGCCAUUGCAUUGCGAAUCAAGCAACUGUACAUUCAGGCCACUGAUAGAUUCCCGCAAAAUGUGCGCAUUUGGGAGGAGUUUCUUAAGUUCGCCAAAGUGUUCAAAGUCAAGGAUAUUUCCACAAUUCUCGACCGGAUGAUUCAGCUGCACGGCGAUAAGCCCGAAAUGUGGCUCCGGGCGGUUGUGUGGGAAUAUGAGCAGACACAGAAUAUGGAGAGGGUGAAGCACUUCAUGCUGGGAGGUCUGCAGAGGCAUCCGGACAACAACAGGCUCUACUACAAGUUCCUCAAGAUAAAGCUCAUGGAAGCGGAGAAGAUCAAGGUUCUGACGGAGAGUGGAUUGAUUGAGCGGAAUCACAUUCUGGAAGGGGCAAAGAUCAUCUAUGACAAUUCUAGGAAGAAGAUUCACAACAUCGAGUAUCUGGUGAAUAUUCUGGAGAUUGUGCAGGAAUACAGUUUCGCACAGGAUCUGCACAGCGCCGUGCUUCGGGACAUGCAGAGUGACUUCCCGCUGGAGGAGCUGAUGUGGCACACUCUGGCACGUCGCGAGCUGAUGGGUUUGCACAUGGUGACUGACCACGAGUUAGAGGCUGACAAUCAAUUCGGCGGAAACACCGACGAGGCGUCGACGAAGAGUAAAAGCACGCCCAAGAAACGGAUAGAAUGUUGCGUGGCGGUUUAUGAGCAAGCGGCGAGAAUUCUCAAGACGGAGAAAAUGUGGUCGUACUACAUCAACACCAUGCUAGAGCUGAAUCAGGACACAUCUGCCCAGGCGUCACUGAAGAAAAAGGUUCUCCAAAUGGCCCUAAAAGGUGGCUACGAGGCGGGUUUUCUCUCCGAGUCACACUACAUUUACUACAUUGAGCAAAUCUUCAAGGCGCAAGACACUCGCUUGGACUUCAUUCUCGAGGUGUUCGAUAAAGCCACGAAAUCUCACGGGAUGUCUGUGCGCUUGUGGGAAAUGUGGAUGCGCUUUCACAUUCAGAAUGAAUCCGAGCAGAGCUUGUAUGAGGUCUUCCGGCAGGCUGUCCGAAAACUCGGUGAUAAAUCCUCUCCGCUGUGGCAGCUCAUCAUUCAGUACUAUCAAGUGCGUCCCGAUCUGCCGAAGCGAGUGGAAGAGAUAUUCAAUGAGGCAAUUCUGCAGCCGCCAAGCGUGAGCGCACCUCUGAAGGCGCAAUACAUUGAGUACGUCGCCAUCACGAAAGACAUCAAUGCUGCGAGACACAAGUACGACGAUCUGGUCCUGAACACUACGCCCUGCCUCGAGAUUCACGAGAAGAUGUCCUUCCUGGAGUCCAUUCAGUGCAUCCCAAAUGUGGACAGUUGGCGAAAAUGUCAUGAAAAUGCUGUUCGAUUCUUUGGAGAGCAGCAAGUCGAUGUGUGGAUAGAGUACAUAAAAUUCGAGAAGACCCAAGACACCCCAAAGAACAUCAACCUGAUAUACGAGCGCGCUCUUAAGACUCUCAACGUGGAUCUCGUGAACACGUUCGAAGUGAAGCACGAUUUGUUGAAUAUCGUAUAAAUUCUCGCAAAUGUUAUAUUUGGAACAUCAAUGUGAAAUAAACACGAAUUACUUUAA